UUUUAGAUGCCCGCGGCGCGGAACCUUCUAGUGGUACGAAAAAAUUAAUCAUUGGCUAUUUAUUGGUUUCUAGAAUGCUUAUUUUUUUAUUUAGUUCGGUAUUUAUCAUGGUUGGGGGUGGAUGUGUUGCAAUUUUUUUACAAACGAUUACAACGUUCUGACAGUACAAACUGUGUUGUGUUUCCCAGUGCUACAAACGGGUUUUGUUGUGAUUACUUUAAUUACCUUCGUUAUUUAUCAAAAAUGAUGCUAAUGAAUGACACCAGUUCAACCGACGAUAUUAAUUGUUCUAAUACUAUACAACUAAUGCAGUUAUUUGACCUCAGCCAACCCAAAGAUAUAAUGACAAUUAUCGAAGUAGAACCAGAUGAUAGUGAUGAUACUAACACAACAAUAAAAGAAUCUGUUGAUAAGGCUAAAACAGCCUUAAGCAAAAAAAGAAAAUCAGUAAAAGAAAAUAAAUCUAAAACAAUGAAGAAGUCCGAUUUAUCAAUAGACAAAGGAAAAGAGUCAUCACAAACAUCCAACGAAUUUAACAUAGUAACUCAUCAACACUUAAGAAGUGAUAAUGCAAUAAACGUCCACACAAUGCCAUAUACCCACCAUUUUCCAAUUUCAAAUUAUACCCAAAACAAUUUUCCACUCAGAUCCUUACUUAAUAGACUUGAAGAUUAUAGUUCAGAUCAAAGAGAGCUAGCCGCCGAGCAUAAUUCUCACCAAUGUCAAAUGCAUAGCAAAAAUAUUAACUGGUUAGAAAUAACAAACCACUCCAGAGCUACAAUCCGGCCUUGGUCUUGCCAAACCCCAGUAAGAUCACUUAAUGUGCAAAAUUCAAAUCAGAUCUGUUACGAAACAAAUUAUGGCCUGAAUGUUAUCAUUGAGCAUGUCUUUAAUUUUUUAAUGUACGAGUUUCAAAAUAACUCGGGAUUAAGUCAAAGAAAACUAAAAUUGUUCCAACACUGUUAUGCCUAUGUGGUUUAUUAUUGCCUUAAUCGUGAUCUGAAUAACGAUUACAAAGUUUUUAAUCACAUAGUUCAAGUUGUUGAUUCUAUAGCGCGGAAAAGAUCACAGUAUAUUAAUGAAAAACUAACGCGCUUGUUGCUAAGUGAAAUGUUCGAAUGGUGUCGACACAGAAGGUCCAUAGAUACUAAUAUGGAGCGAAGUUGGCCACCUGCGUAUAAUGACAGUCAAAUUGACACGCUGCCACCGCAGAUACCGACAAGCGUGUCACAAAAGAAUUCAAAUAAAAGUUCACAAGUAAAUAAUGAAACUGCUCUUGCAGUAAAUAAAGAUCAAACCUGUUUAUUUACGUUAGGUGAACUUGGCAAAGAAAUAAGUAUAAACAUAGACACCUGUCUUUUACAUACAUUGCAAUAUAAACCUGAAACUACACUUGCAAAAAAUGAAAAUAUUCAGGAGAAGGAAACGUCGAAAUUAAUACAGCCUCCCAUAAAACCUAGUACAGGAAUGACCAUCCCUUUCGAGAUAGUUGCAGGCCUAAAUAUCCCUGAGAAAAAAGAUAAUAAGAAUGAGGUACAAAAUGAGACUGAAAUAGUUAGAUCUUCUGUAUCGAGGAACGAAUUUAAAAGUCACCCAAAUGUCAACAACCUGGAAGUAAUACGUGUCAGCCCCAGAGUUGUUGGACAAACUCCUUCAAAUGAAGAUGUUACACCAAUGAUUACGCAUGUAACAUCCCUAAACAGUAAUGCAUCAUACAUAUCUAGAGGUUUAUGUAAUGUUUGUAAAAAUGAAACAAACACACGUUGUACUGGAUGCUACAAAGUUUACUACUGCAGCCGAGAAUGUCAGCUAUCGGAAUGGUACGUUCAUAUUACAUUAUGUAAGGGCACUUAUUGAAAGAAAAUAAAUUGACCAACAUCUAUCUGGCGAUUGUCAAGAUUAUAGUCAGGAUUAUAAAGAUUUUAUUAGCACGCUACUGGAACUUCUACCUAUAUUCCAACAUGUUGCUCAAGGCAGUAUCUACACUCACGCACUUCGUAGAAAAAUGGUGUCACAGAUCUUGAAUAUAGAUUUAAAUUUAAUAUGCGUUUUGAAUAUUAUGUUUUUAUAUGAUUUUCGACGUUAUACUUUCCCUGUAAUAAAUAUUGAUUUGCAUUGAAAAAUAACUUUCGAUUAGUUGCUGCAAUUUUUAAUAGGUAUUAUAACUAUACCAAUUAUAUAAAUCGUAGUUAUAUAGUACAUUAAAGCUACCUAUUUUAUCUCAUGUUCUACAGAUUUGUUAUACAAAUACAAACAGAAAGCGAUAAAUUUCACUGCCCCUAUUAAACAGGCAAUUUUUAUCAUCGUGGUAUAACAUUAUAACGCUAAGGGGCAAUAAAUUUUGCACUCUCUGUAUUGUACGUGAAUUUAAAUAAAAGACAAUUGUUAAUUAAUGAAU